AUGGAUUUCAGGCGCGUGAAGGACUAUUUCUCCUGGCUCUACUACCAGUACCAAAUCAUCAGCUGCUGUGCUGUCCUGGAGCCCUGGGAGCAGUCCAUGUUCAAUACCAUCCUGCUCACCAUUUUCGCGAUGGUGGUGUACACUGCCUAUGUUUUCAUCCCAAUCCACGUCCGCCUGGCGUGGGAGUUUUUCUCCAAAAUGUGUGGCUACCACAGUACACUUUCGAAUUGA